AUGGCUAUGAAAAGAUACUCUCUUGCAUCUCUUGUUGGCGGCCGGAAUACAGUGUUAAGUGAUGCUAUCCAUAGGAAAAUUCCUUUUGUGUCUGAUUUGCCUACAAUAAUCUUUGGUGCUGAUGUAACACAUCCACAAGAUGGUGUUAGUGACAGACAAUUUAGUCAAGUGAUGCUUCACGAGGUAGAUGCUAUAAGAAAGAAAAGGUAUCAUACCCGCCUUUUCCCAGCUGAUUACAACAACCGUGAUUCCAUGGACAAGAGUGGCAACAUUCAACCAGGUACUGUUGUUGAUACCCAAAUCUGCCACCCAACUGAGUUUGACUUCUACCUUAACAGUCAUGCUGGAAUUCACGGAACCAGUCGGCCUACUCACUACCAUGUCUUGUUUGAUUAG